ACUAUUCUGUACUAUAGCUCCAAGAAUCAGCGAAAGUUGAGGGGAUCGGGUCCCUGUAGCUACAGUAAAGUCGCUGACAUGCGGGCCCUACCACAAAAGCAGACCUUCCAGAAUUCACUGGAGUCUCCAAUUCGUUCACCGUUCGCACGCGCUCGUCACCCCCUCCCCUUCUCCUCUCCGCUCUGCUGAAUUCCACUCUCUAUCUCCUGCAAGCCUUCGAUCUGAUCUCCGACAUCCUCUGGGUCGCUCCAGAUGUCUCGAAGCUGGCCUCUCCCUUCUGCUCCCUCGCCUCUGGUAACCCAUUGAUGGUUGAGGCUAAAUUCAUGAAGUUACUUGACCACUCAAAGAUUCUUUUGAGGAAACAGUGGCUCUAUGGUAUUGUUGAUGAUUUUGUGAUAAAGCGACUUCCUCACAAUAUGACAUGGGGUCUUAGUCUGUUAUAUGCUCUGGAGCACAAGGGAGACAGAGCUUUGACUUCAACUCAAGGAGAGUUGGCACAUGCUCUCGCAGUUCUUGUCUCCACGGUGUCACAGAGCUUCAUAGCCUUUAGUGACAUUCUUGAGCUACAUAAGAAAUUACUUGAACUCUCUGGUGGGAUUAACCGGAUCUUCAAGCUUGAGGAUUUUUUACAUGCUGCUCAAAGGAAUACCGUGGUUUCUUCCAAUACCAUCAGUGCAGCUUCGGAAGAAAUUAUAUCAUUUAAUGAAGUGGACAUUAUAGCACCAUCACAGAAGCUGUUGGCCAGGAAAUUUUCAUGCAAUGUGGUACCAGGGAAAAGCCUUCUUCUGACUGGUCCCAAUGGUAGUGGAAAGAGUUAUAUUUUUAGAGUGCUCAGAGAUUUGUGGCCCAUGGUCCCUGGGAGAGUUACCAAGCCCUCAGAAGGAAUGUUUCAUGUUCCUCAGCAUCCGUACACCAGUCUGGGAACUCUGGAGGAUCAGGUCAUAUGCCCUCUCUCAAGGGAGGAAGCGGAGAUGAAAGUUCUUUCGUUACACAAAUCUGGUAACAAGUCUAGUGCUUCUGUCCUGCUGGAUGAUCACCUGGAGAAAAUUCUGGAGAAUGUCCGGCUGGUCUAUCUUCUAGAAAGAGAAAGGUGGGAUUCUACUCCAAACUGGGAAGAUGCUCUAUCGCUAGGAGAACAACAAAGGCUUGGGAUGGCUCGUUUGUUUUUCCAUCAUCCUAAACUUGGUAUUCUCGAUGAAUGCACCAUUGCUACAAGUGUACAGAGUAGCAACUAACAUGGGGAUAACUGUGAUCACUUCCUCACAAGUGUCUGGAUAAUCACCACAAUAACAUAAAACUCCUGAUGCCGUGACAGUUUCCUUCCCGAGGCCCGCUCUGCUUAUAUCCUUCCAAGGCUUGGAGCUGAAGCUCAUCGAUGGGGAAGGAACUAGGAAUUGUGUGCCAUUCACCAAUGAAUGAUGCCAUACAUAUUUCAGCUGCAUGUAUAAAAGCACCUGAUCUUGCACUGUAAUUUUGCUCAGCAAGUUUGGGGCAGAAUGGAAGAGUGGACGCAGUGUUUGAUCAAGAAACCAGUUCAGGGAUUGGAAGUAAUGGAUUGGUGGGAGAAGGAGUUGGCACAUUUGUCAAAAAAGGUGAGAAGACUAAAGGCGGCCUUGAUCAUCUACGCUGCGUGGAAUAUCUGGAAGGCAAGGAACAAGAGGAUCUUUGAGCAAAGAACAAUGUCACCAGGCGAAGUGAUGCAAGAGAUCAAAGCUGAAAUGCAGUGCAGGUUUAUGGCCUGUGGAAGCCCGGAGUCAUCUUCUUUUAAUGUUUAAUUUAGCUUUUCUAGAGUUCGAGUACUCCUUAAUUUAUGUAAUAUCGCCAAUGUAAGCACUCUGAACCUUGUUCUUCUCUCCCGGCUUAAAUGACAGAGCAGAGCUCCUGCAAUUUCUUCAAAAAAAAAA